CUCAUUAAAAGCUUCAUUCCACUUCCAGGAUCAGGCAGGAUUGCAAUAUGGACAUUGUUUAUACACAAAUGUUGCCCUGGGAAUAAUGUUUAUUUCUAUUACCUUCUUGGAGGGGGAAAAAAAAAAGGGAGAGGAAUCAGAAUGCAGAGCUUGUCUGCACAAAUUGCUUUUCAGGAAAUAAUGCCUCUCCAGGAGUGCUUUGAAGUAACAGCCAUUUUUCAAACCACCUUUUUCUACAGCCUGGAGUCAUACAUCAGCCUGUCUCAUGUUGGCCUCUUAGCCUGACCCAAGAUCAGUGCUGUGAGGAGUCACCACAUGGAGAACACCCUUGAGACCUGCACCAUCUGCAGUAAGCCCAUCAUGGAGCGCAUCCUGCGGGCCACGGGGAAGGCGUACCACCCCCACUGCUUCACCUGCGUGGUGUGCAGCCGCAGCCUGGACGGAGUGCCCUUCACCGUGGACGCCUCCAACCACAUCCACUGCAUCGAGGACUUCCACAAGAAGUUUGCUCCGCGCUGCUGUGUGUGCUCUGAGCCCAUCAUGCCGGCGCCGGGCCAGGAGGAGACCGUCCGGAUCGUGGCCCUGGACCGAGACUUCCACGUGCAGUGUUACCGCUGCGAGGACUGUGGCUCUCUGCUGUCAGAGGGGGACAACCAGGGCUGCUACCCUCUGGACGGACACGUCCUCUGCAAGAACUGUAACAGCAGCCGCAUCCAGGACCUGACCGCCAAAGCCACCACCGACCUCUGAACACCCCCCCCCCCGUGAUAACACACACCGCUCACUCUCUCACAAACGUACCCAUCCACAGAAGCUUGCAUUCCUCAGCACACACACACACACUCUCUCAGUACAUAGCAUCACAUGUAUCUAUUGACUCGGUACAUCACAGCAGGAGAGGCUGUGAGAUGUUUAACUGUGUUAAGGAGUGGUUCGAGAUUUUGGGAAAUGGUUUUGAUCUGAUGCACUAUGUCACUAUGUUUUAUAUGUUAUACAGCAGGCGUUCAGACAAGAAUAAAACGUGAUACAGAUAGCCUGCUGCCAAAGAAAAAUCCUAUUCAGAUCUAGAUAUUUAUCUCUUCUGUGUUUAUGACGUAAGAACAGGUGAAAUAAAAAUUCACUUUUUAAGUUCCUUAACAAUGUUUUUACUCACCAAAACUCUAUGUUCCCCUGGUUCACUAGUUCUACUCUUUAUGCUAAGCUCAGUUUAAUAUGUCCACAUGUGCUGAGCGUGCAUAUCAAAAAACGACUUCAAUCUUCUGUUCUGAGUCUCAAAAGAAAAAACAAAUAUUUCCCAAAAUCUCAAAUCUUUAAACGAAGCAGUUAACAGUAAAACAAUAUAUCUUCACUCAGUGUUAUUAUCUCGUAUCAUAAUCCUCCAGCUUGUCCUCACCUGAGUGCGUAUGUAUUUAAAUGUCCUGCCGAUGGGUUCUUUGGAUAUGAAGGGAGUCUGACUCCAACAUGUGACAUGGAUGACAGGAGCAGAUAUGUGUAUGACUGUAGCUUUAUCAGUAUUUAGGAAACCUGUUUGUUGGUCAGAGCAUUUUUGUCAUUGUAGUGUUUGUCACACAGACAUACGGUACACUAAUAGGGAACAUAUUAUCACAGGAGCUUAUUACUUCAAAACACUUUACUGAACACCAAAGAAUCUAAACUGCCGUAUUCACUGUGUACAUAUUCUGUGUGCAACUAUUUUACACAUAACGGGACCACAGUCAUCCUCAAUAGUAGUGUGAGUGUCAAAGACAAACCCUCAGUAGGCAGCCAUUCCCUUUUUAACAAUCUUUUACUUUCUAAUUGAACUUGCUGUUAUGUUUUAUAUUUUCUGUUGGCCUGAACAGUACAAUCAUGGCAUUCCAUUCAAAUAGAAAGGGCCUAUUAUCUGAGUUUUAUGAUAUGGUUUUCGAGCAGAGAAUGAUUAGAUUACAUUAGUGAUUGUUUUGUAAGUCUGAUAGAAAUAACAGAUUAUGAAUGGCUAUGCAAUUUUUGAUGUUAAUUGCAUCGACACUUUAUAAGACAUAUUAUGAAUAAGGAAAUAUUUUACCUGUACAGAUUAAAGCACAAGUGUCCUUAUAAUGAUGCUUUAAUAGAAACCAUGCCGUGGGUACUGUGUGACUUUGUGUCACUGUGCUGUGUGUCAGUGUUGUCGUACCAGUGACAAUGUCUUUUAUAUUUAGUGUGUGUCAAGGUAAUGGGCGAAGAAGGGACCAUGACAGUUUCCCACAAAGUGAUUUUAUUAUUUUUUCCAUCCAGUCGUUUGACCAGCAGAUUCACUGUUUGAUUUGAUAGUUACUUUUUUAAUUACUAGAGCAAUGUGAUGUUUCUGAGUUAAAGGAACCCUGUGGACUUUUCACCGCUAGCUGUGGAACCAUGUUUUCAUGAUUGGGUUCUCAUUGAGCAAAGGCCUGGCCGAGUGCAGUCUCAUUUUAACAAUGAGUAACACAAUAACCGAUGAAGAACAACAUAAUGUGCAGCUCUGAGAACCUCUGCAGGAAGUGACUGUGUAUCACUUAGUCCAGGCGCAAGCGGGCAAAAAAAAGACACAUAGUUACAACAAUUUAAAAACACACUCAAAACAAACAAACUCAAAAACGUCUCUAUGAAAACACGGGUUAGUGUGUGGACAUGUUGUGUCUCUUUAGGUCUCAGGAUCUUGGUGUUGUAAUCUGUCCCUGGCUGCAGGCUCUCAGAUCGGGGUUGAUCUGAUGCAAACAUUUAGAAAUGGUUUGUUGAUACUCCACUGAUCCUCAGUUGGUGAAAGCCAUGUUUGAAGAGAAGCAGCAAAGGCAGAGGACUACAGUUAACAGCUGUUAACAUGCAACAGAAGGUAACAGCUAAAGUGUGCAAACAGUCGACUCUGCAAAUGUUUAUUUACAAAGGAAAUUCAUUCAUUUUGUUUGCAUUUGGGUGUUUACAGGAAAACUCACACAGGGUGCCUUUAAACAACAAAGUCUGAGUAGUAUUAAGGUCUGCUGUUGGUUUACAGUGUUCCUCAGCCCCGAUAACAGAUGUGUUAUCUGUUUAGUGCCAUUAGGAUAGCAGAUGGUUAUACCAACAUGUUUGUGCACUGUAAUCCGUUACUCUGGUUACAAAGCUUUGUGAGCCAUGUUUUACCCACGGUUACACUCUGUGCAUAACUUUGCUAAUAAGCCCAAUAAUAUAAAUAAUUCAUAAAUAAACAUUCAUCAGACCUUUGCCAGGACACAUCUUCUACAUGAGGAUGAAAACACUGUUUCACCAUCCAAGGCUGGGCGAACUGAACUCAGUGCAACUCACCAGUGCAUUGUAAUGGAUCUUAAAGGCUUGUUAUAAAUAUCAAAUUCAGAUGGGAACACCAUGUUCUGUCAUAUCUAACACCUUUUAUUUCAUAUAACUAGGUAUUUAAAUAGAUUACUAUAAUUAGUUUGAGGACAAAAAUAUUCUCUAGUACAGAAAACACUUUUUUCAAGUUUUUUUUUCAGGUACUGAGCCAUGAGGUCAGCUGUUUGGCAGCUGACUCAGUAAGCCAUAUGAUGGGGACUGGUUGUUAGGCAACAAAGGUGAAGAAGACCCUCUUUAUAACAUGAUGUCACAUUUGUUUGUUGGUUUUCAGCGCUCAGGGAGGGGCUGGGGAUCCGGCUCAGUUAGCAUUGACAGCGCCCCUCCUUACGGGCUGGGGUAAUCACACAGGGUUAGGUGUGUCACAAUAAAGAUUUCAGAGUGACUAAACAUCCAGGUGAACAAAAGCCGUGCAGUAGUGCUUAUAUACAAUUCUUAUUUAACGUUGGACCAACCAGAAGUGUUGUUAGCAGCACAUGCUAACAACACCCCGUGCUGUGUUAAAGUCCAGAUGAAAGAGCUGUGGCUUGGUAAAGGAUGUGACGUUGUUCUAAAGCCGCACACUCAAAUGUGUGAUGGAAAUGUAUGUCACUCAUCAGGACAAACCCACGGAGAAUUAUCACGGCAGGCAGGCUGUUAACAGCUAGCUGGGAAACUAUAGGGGGCAGCACUCUCUUGUGUUUUAGACAUUUUUUUAUUGUUAUAUAUUUUAUUAUUGGCUUAUUAGCAUGUUUGUACAAAGUGUACUCAUUCACAGAGUUAAACCUCAUGUGCCAUAAAAGCUGUUUUAAACUCUCCUGUUGCUACAGUAUAUUAUUAUGGACAGUCUGUGAACACAUCUGACUUAAAGAAGUAUAAAGACCAUACUGCUUCUUUUGAUUUAGUUUGAUGUAUUUGGGUGGUCUACUGUCUUUGUUUCUGCCCGUGUCUGUGCAGUACAGUCACCAUACUGUUGCUGUGUGCUCCAUAUGUUGCCUCCCUCAAAGAUGGUGCCAUGACUCUUUACCGAAGUUGAAGAUGUUUCAGCCGCAGUGUGAGGCUGCAGCAGCAGCAGAGUCUGAAUGAGAAGCUGGACCCUGUGGUGUUGGUGAAGCAUCUGUUGGGGGUCAUUGGAAGGGGCCUGUAGUCAACUGGUGUUUCUUUUUUCUUUCUUCAAUAAAACCUUUGCAGUGGC